UUGACCUGUUUUAAAUAUUUCAGCCAUGGCGUUACCGUUUUUACCCGGGAAUUCUCGCAACCAACAGCUGGGCAAGGAGAAAUUCCACAAAUCCCAACAUUUUGAUUAUUUGAAUGGCAUGGCUAUGCUGGUGGGCUCUGAGAAGCCAGGCAUCGGAGGAGAGCUGUUAGUGGGCCAGAAGAUCAAACCAAAGUAUUCUGUGUACCCCAGAGGAGAAGGCAGCACCUUACCUUCAUGGGUCGCCUUUGACAAACAGGCUCUGUGUUUUGAAGCUUACUUUCAGGAAGCUGUGCCCGAGGCUCGAGAUGAGACGUACAGAAUCAGGAGGUGUAACAUCUUCUUCUACCUGGAGGACGACACCAUACAGGUGGUGGAGCCCGAGUACAAGAACAGCGGCAUCCCUCAAGGAACAUUUAUCCGCCGCCAGCGUGUCCCACUGCCUCCUCCCAAUGAAGACCAGUUCUACAACAUUUUCCAUUUUAACAUCAACCAACAGAUGGUGCUGUUCUCACGCACAUUCACUGUGACCAACUGUAACUCUUUCACAAGGAACUUUCUCACCAGACUCGGGGUUCGUCUGAAUAACCCCGCUGCUGUUCCUGAUGACCCUUACAGCAACCUGCGGCAGCAGUUUGAGGACAGUAUGAAGCCUCUCCGGCCGUACGAGAGGCGCGACACGCUGAAGCAGUUCCUGGACCAUGACGGUGAAGUCCUGCGCUUCAGCUGCUACUGGGACGACACGGAGCACAUGUUCGGGGACCUCCGGGAGUUCGAACUCUACUACUUCCUGGCUGAUGACACCAUCGAGAUCCUGGAGAGCAUCCCCCCAAACUCUGGGAGGGAUAACGUCUGCAAAUUCCUGCGUCGCAGCAAACUACCGAAGUCUUCCAUCCAGAUGAAGCAGCCUGGACAGAUCACAGACCGCACAGUGCUCAAUGUGUUUUCCUCAGCCAGUCAGGGGAAACGCUACAUCCUGGACAGCCUCAAAACCGGAGCGGUCAGUGAGGAGUUUUAUAAGGACUCUGAUCUGAGUGUAGGUGGGGAGGUGAACGUGUGGGGCCGGAGGUUAAUCAUCGCUGACUGUAACGACUUCACCAAAGAUUACUACCGCUCCAAAUACGGCAUAGAGGACUUCACCCCGGUGAAGUACAAAGCUCCCGCAGACCCGAAGCCCCCGAGGCUGGUGCCCCCCUACAAUGGCUUUGGCUCAGAGGAGGACUCACUCAGCUCCUGCCAGGGCCUGCUGCCCAAGCCCCCACAGAAAGAUUUCCGCAAGUUCAUGGAGAAAGACAGAUGUGGCCUGGACAGCAAUGUGCUGAAUUUCAGUGCCAAGAUGGUGACAGCUGAUCCAGUCGACAGAGACAGGCGCUUCAUCAUCUCCUUCUACCUCAGCGAUGACUCCAUCAGUGUGUUUGAACAUCCACAGAAGAACUCAGGGGUGCUGGGUGGUAAGUUUCUGAAGCGCGGCCGUGUGAAGAAGCCGGGUCAGGAGCUGUUCAAGAGCGAGCCGUCUCAGUGUUUCACAGCUCAGGACCUGUAUGUCGGAGCGACCCUCUGCCUCAACAACAUGUUCUUCCAACUCCUGGAUGCUAAUGAAUACACCUUCAACUACAUGGAGCAGCAUGCUGAGGAGUUCCCCAGAGCAAACGUGGGAAUCAUCCUCAGCAAACUACGAUCUAUUCCGGAUGAGAAACAGAAUGAGAUCAGGAAGUUUCUGACUCUCAGCGACCCAACGGACACCGGCUUCGUCCCCUACGAGUCAUUCAGGGGCCUGCUGACCGGUCUGGACUGCGGUCUGUCGGAGCACGAGGUCCUGGUGCUGAGCCGCUGCGUCUCAGAGCGCCAGCAGCCUGAGGAGGACCUGGGCCUGAUGCUGGCCGUCGCACAGGACGCACUCAGGAAGAGGCACUUUGAAGAGAUCCCCAACAUGGCCAGAGCCUUCACACACAGCGACCGGGACAAGACCGGCCGUCUCUCCACCAAAGAGACCAGGACCAUCUGUAAGGCCUUCCAGCUUCCUCUGCCUGAGGACCUGCUCGGAGGUCUGCUCAGCAAGUUUGCAGAUGGUGAUGAGAUUGACUACCAUGCCUUCCUGGCUGGCAUUAACUGGACGGAGCACACUGUUCCUCCUGUGAUGCCUGAAGACAUCCUGAAGUUCCAGGUGCAGGUGAGGUGUGACGGUGGUGGAGCUGCAGUGAAAACCGUCAACUACUCUUCUCUCCUGAGAGACGUUUUCAGCUUUCCCUCCACCAACGCUGAGCCAACCACCACCACCUCAACAUAGACACAAGGUGGUUCCUCUCACCAACACACACACUUCCUGCUCCUUCAUUAAAGAACAUGGUCCAUCGGCAAACCAGCAUCUGUGUUCUCAUUGUGAGCCAUGAUGAAAAUGUGUAAACCUGCAGGAAAAGUUUGUUUUCUGCUAUAUGAAUAAUUUCACGGUAAUGGGCUGCUCAAGCAUUAACAAACACAAUCCAGUUAAGUGGAAAAUGAAUGCUUUAGGGGGAAGUUCUUGCUUUUUGAUGUGCUUGUGUGUGUGUUUGUGUGUU